GUAUUAAAGGUCUAUUAGACAAAUUUGGAUAUUUGUGGAAAUCCUUUUUAUUUUGGGAAAAUCCAUCAGAAAGUGAAAUUCUAUUAUGUCUCAAAACCAUUUCCAAGUUCAAUUUAUGUCCACUUUUCGUUUGUCUUCAACUUUGCAGCAAAGCCUCAUUGCAAGUGAGUAGGUAGCGACGAUGGAGAGCAAAGACUUCCUCUAACCUGAAAGAAACUUCCCACUGAAGCAGCCGUCUACCAUGAGCUACUGGGGGUUUAAGCAGAUGCACUGAAAAAGCAGCACUUGGAUAGGAGUAUUAAAAAUAGCAAAAAGUUAUGACAAGAAGAAAGAGAACAUUAAGUUGUUGGAACACUAUCCCAGUCGCAAAACACAUUUGUGUGCAUUUUCUUUUUCUCUAAGCAAACAGAGCGCAGAAAAUUAUCACUGGAUAGAAAAUCUUAACCAAAAUCUGUUCUGAGGCAGAAUUUCUAAACUACAAUAUAGAAACAAAACAAAAUUGUCAAGAGGUAGUGUGAAACUAAAAGUAUCGAUCUUAUCACGCUGGCAAUAAUGCGAUACUGACACCAACCUCGUAUCGAUACUAGGGAAUUAUGAAGUUCAAACAUCUACAACCAAUUCUUAUCUUUUUAAGAUGGAGUCCAGAGUGGGGGAAAAAAAUGAUUCAGAUAAAUCACUUCGCAAAAAUGAGAAAUGCAUUCAUGCUGUUGCGUCUCAGCCUUAAAGCAGGCAUUGUUUUGUUAAACUGAUAAUGAUUCUUCUCCCUUUAAGGCUUCCGUCGCUUGCUGACAGACAGCAUCGUGGUCAUUGUUGCAUCUCUGGUCUCCUCCUCCUCCCUUUCUCCUCCCUUCUCUCUCGUCUCUAUCCGUCCAACCCCCCACUUCUUCUCCACUCACGCACCCCGACUGGCGCAUCGCCUCCUCCGGCAAUAAUGACCAAGGAUUCCCCGGAGGAGGAGAACCGAGCUCCGGGCGGCGGCGGCAUCGGAGGAGGAGGAGUCGGCGCGGGGAGAGGAGCAUCCAGGAGAAACCGGGCGGACGACAAUGUCACCAUCCUGACAUCCUCCAUGGAUUUCUACACAGCCGGCCGGAGUCGAGCCAGCAGCAGCAGCGACGCGGCCCCCAGCCUCACCUCCUCCGUGGACCUGAGCGCCUCCUCCCUGGACACGAGCAUCCAGACGCGGAUCUUCAAGAUCAUCGUCAUCGGGGACUCCAACGUGGGGAAGACGUGCCUCACCUUCCGCUUCACGGGGGGCAGCUUCCCCGACAAGACCGAGGCCACGAUCGGCGUGGACUUCAGGGAGAAGGCGGUGGAGAUCGAAGGGGAGACCAUCAAGGUGCAGGUGUGGGACACAGCAGGUCAGGAGCGUUUUCGCAAAUCCAUGGUGGAACACUAUUACCGCAACGUCCAUGCAGUGGUGUUUGUUUAUGAUGUAACCAAAAUGGCUUCCUUCCGCAACCUACAGACAUGGAUAGAGGAGUGCAAUGGCCAUCGGGUGUCGGCAUCAGUGCCUCGAGUUCUGGUGGGAAAUAAAUGCGACCUUGUGGAUCAAAUCCAGGUUCCCUCUAACAUGGCAUUGAAGUUCGCAGACUCCCACAACAUGCUGCUGUUCGAGACAUCGGCGAAGGACCCAAAGGAGAGUCAGAACGUCGACUCCAUCUUCAUGUCGCUGGCCUGCCGCCUGAAGGCCCAGAAGUCCCUGCUCUACAGGGACGUGGAGAGGGAAGACGGGAGAGUGAGACUCACACAGGAGACAGAAACAAAGACUAACUGUCCAUGUUGAGGAAGAAGAGGACAGGGAGGCAUUUCUAGGGAGGAGAUGAGAGGAAUAACUUAUAUAAGGGAGGAGGAAUGGGGUAUGGGAGUGUGAAGGGGAAAUUUUCUGGUUAAGAUGACAGGGAAGGUUUAUGCUGACUCUGGUAGUGAUGUGCUUUCAGCGGACGACAGAAAGACAUGAUAGGACUGAGAUUUCGACGGUGUUCUUGUUCUUGAACAGAAGCGAUGAAUUGGGGAGUGUCAUAUAGUGACGAUGCUGCCUUUUAGACCACAAUAGUGUGAAAUCUCUUCCACUGACUUUCCUAAUAAUGCUGUAUUGUCUUGUUCUUAUCGUUGAUCAUAUGUUAGCUCUUAUUCCAAUUGGAAACAGGACUUCCCAGACUUUUUUCUACUGCCUUAAGAACUAAAAAGCUGCCUGACCCAUAACCUUCACAAACCGUUUAGAGGAGUAGGGGUAGCACUGGAGGCAAUGCCUAAACUACCAGACAUCCUGUUUCAGUGGCUUGUUUGUUGGAGGAUUUGAUCUUGCUCCCCUGUAACAUCUAAGACGUAGCAAAUAUAAAUAAAACAGAGGGAAAUACUCAAGGUGAGCCUGACUGGAACCUCCUUGACGAGGUUUUCAAAAACAGACCCUUAAUGGGUUGCCCUGUAGCAAGCCACCUAUUGAUUUCAGAGCUCCUCUUACCCAAGCGCUCUCUCAUGCAGAGGGAAAGUCAACGUCCUCUUUCUCCUCUGCUCCCGAUACAAACAUAUUCCCUCCAUGUUUUUACCUCUAAGGAAAAGGUCUGGACGGCUCUCCCUUUGUGUGCAAAUGCAGAAAGAUCCACUCUUAGUCUUACGGGACUUCGGCGGACCAAGCUGGCUCUCUUCCGUUCUCUUUUGUGGCCUCGCAGCAGUAUUCAUCCUCCUUCAACAUUUACUCACUUUGUCAUGCUACGACCACUUUUACGUGUUUUCUGAGAUUUCAUGUGAUAAUCCAACACAAUUAUCACGUGUGAAGCGAAAGGAAAAUGAUAUGUGGCUUUGAAAAACAUUUACUCUUAAAAAAAAGCCUGUCUUGAAUAUGCACUUGAUCUCCUUUGCAUUGAUACUACUGAAUAUAAUCAAGUGCAAUCAGUUAUAGUCAGAAGCCAUGUUGCUAAUAAAUACAAUUUGUCAUUGAAUAUUAACACACCAGGAGAAUGUUAAUCAGGGCAACAGUCAAGAUUUAGAAGCUGACUGAUGUAAGGAUGGUAUGUUGGACCAGAGAUGCGUCUGAAAGUUGCCAGACUAAACCAGUUCUUCACCACUGGUUUAGGUCAAAGUGUCAUCAUAAUAUAAAACCGGGUUUGGAUACUUUCACAAGGCUUCCCUAGAAAACGUGUUGUCUCCCCAUCACCAUCCCACCGUCAGGGUCCGAAAGAACUGAAAAAAAAAAAAAAAAAAAAAAACUGUGACCACCCUCACAGCACAAGUUAAGCCCAGUGUAAAUGAAUCUAUCCAGGAGGAUCAGACUGCAUGAAGUUAUCCACUAAGCCAUAUUGAUUAUUUACUGUGCACAGAAAGACUGUUUGCUUUAGACUCAGAAAGCUUCUUACUGGGCUGCAGGCGGAGGAACACAAUGUAUAUAACUCAGCUUCAAAGUCUUUAGUGUAACAGAGCAUCAAACACUCUGACAAUUAAAUUUAUGGCUCUUUGUAUUGUAUCGCUGUGGCCUACUUUUCACUAAGCACUAACAAUACAUCCAGAUGUAGAUUAGUGAGCAUUUUAGGAGGGAUCUUUAGCUUAUUCGCUAAAGGGACAGAUGAAUUGAAUCAAAUGAUCAGUGCAUUCAUCAAGAGUGACAUUUUUCCUGUCAGCUAAACGCAGUAAACUAAGGCUGUCCUAAAAAGCCACCAGAACCAGAAAAUAACAGAUCAGAACUUCCUCACCUGGGCCAAUGAGUCUCAGUUUCAAACUGAGAUACUAGAGUACGAAUUUUCUGGAAACAACAAUGACGCAUAUUUUCAUCUUGCUUAUUAACAGACUAUUGCUAGUGAUGUGUAAUGAAGUGGGGGUAUUUUUCUUUGAACAUACAAGGGCCCUUUGUAGCAACUGAAUAUUAGUUAAGCACCAAACCGAAGUAUCUUCUGAUUGGCCAUGACUGGUUUCCUUUACAUAAGGGUGGUUUUUCUGUACUCCAGUGGUCAGAAAGAUCUCAAACCAGCUUGGUGGAACAGGAGAUUUGCAUCAUGGAUGUACCAGAAAAAGUUAGAAAUGAUGAGCUCUAAGUUAUGAGAAGCCGAACGCUUUUCUGGCCAACCCCCGACUCCAAAGCACACCAAGUCCACACAUGGUCACAAUAGCAGUAAGCCAUGCCGCUCCUCCACCCUAACAAGACGUCUGUCCUCCUCCAAACAUUACCGAAAAACAUCUUCAUUGCCACUGAAAUCCCAAAAACCCUUUCAUACUAGCGCACAGAACCAAUAUUAAAUAGUUUCCCAGGGAAUAGGAGAGACUGCUGUGAAGGUGCGUAGCCAUAUUGGAUGUGGAUCUGAGUCUACACCUGGAACUCAGAAAACACUGUGCAAAUCCAGCGAUCAAGUGCUCUGCCCACAUUUCAACAUUUUUCCAUUUGUUUAAGUUUAUGCUUUGAGAAACCUUCUAAGGGAGUCGCAUGAGAUUGGUGUAUGAUACCAGACAUGGCUUCAACACGUUCAGUGUUACAACCGGGAGCCAAGCCUCAGUGGGAAUCGCAAAGGAUUGUAGGAAGAUUGGAUCAUGUAAAAUAAUAUUUUUUAUCACGUUUGGUGAUGAGACUGGCCGGAAGAUUUGGGGGAAUGUACUCCACACUUUUUAGAUUCUAGAUCAGCCAUUGUAAUGCAUUUGACUAAGUUCUUUAUACACAAUUGUGUAACAUAAUUAGAUUACUUGCCUUUCUUUAUCGCUUUUCUAGCUAGUUUUACAAGUAAGUGCAGUUGAUUUAUGUUGGGUUUUUUUAUUUAUGUGUCAUGUUUGCUCUUAUGUGGAUGGAUGUCAAGACGUUUUGAAAAAUGUAGUCUAAUAUAUCUACUAAAGUUGUACGUAAGAGUAAAUAAUAUCAUAUUAACAUUGCAGAAUACAUGUGAACGACAACAAGACGCUGUUAUUAAGCUACAUGGACUGUUUGAGUACCAUAGGGUAGAGGGAAGUGCACUUUUUUAUAUACCUUUUUCCCAUAAUUAUUAAAAAGAUAAUAAUAAAGAAGCAAGAGGUGUUAAUUGUAAGAUGGAGAUCAUUGGACAUUUUAGUGUUCCUUCAUCAAAAUGUUUCCCUGGAUUCAAAUCCAAAUGUGUUUGGGUUUUUUUGCAGCCCGGUUUGACUACUUUGUCACAGAUGUUCAAAUCAUUUCACAAUAGAAAUAUUAAAAACCAUUCACAUGGGAGCUUUUGUACAGCUUGUACAAAAGCUGAUUGGUAGCUUGUGUGGACUGAAAAAAAGAAGCCAUUGCUCGGUGUCAUCUAACAUGUUGGUUUCCGACAGAGAUCUGUGACGUUAUUCUGCAAGUGCUGUAAAAUAGCAGUGGACUGUUGUUCUUUCAACAAAAGCCUUCACAGUGGCUUCACCUUCUUUUAAGAUGUCGGGGUUUUUUUCAGGCUAGUAAACCUGACGAGACAAUGUCGCUGCUUGUGGCUUUUCAUGUUUUUGAGAUCACGUCCAUCUUCUCUUCUUUAUAUGUAUCCUCUUCUGUAAUUGUGUUACAAUCUCACAACAUGACUUCAGAUAAAAAUACUGAAGAAAAUA